AUGGGAGGGUAUGUCGCUCUCGCCGACAUGCUAAUAUCCAGGGGUGCAAGGACCAGGCCUUUGAUCGCAACGAUAGGGCGGCACAACAUCUCGUGCCCGCUGCUGUACGCGGCUGUGGCCUCUCUGCAAGAGAAAUCCGUGGAGCUCAUUGUUGACAAAGGGAUGGAUGCUGUUGGAGGGAUCGCCUCUGUCCCUGCUGCUCUGCUCGCAGCGGCGCAGUUCGGCCUUGCCAACGUCGUAGUCAUCCUCCUUUUGCAGGCCGGGGCAAACGAAGGUGCACUCGACGAAGGUGGGAAACUCGCCGUGGACUCUAUCGGAUCGCUGAAAGGCACAAGGUUCUUCGCCAAGCUCGUCCUCGAGAGGUACACGCUCAGAAGCGGUGAGACAGGGAGGAGGCGGAGCGCUCCCGAGGCCUCGGUCAUAGGAUUUCUCUCAAAAGCAGUUCAGUCAAGGCCAUCAUUGAUGUGGCUAUCUCUUGCUAUUUAG